AUGCUCACCGAACAAGCAGCAGACAGUAGUACAUCAUCAGGUCCAGCUGUAUCGAGUAAAGUCGUGAUGCUUGAGACCACGGAUAGGUCCCAAAUUGCAGUUCCAACGUCUGAUCUUAUGGCUUGCACCGAGUUAUUGCCAUUGAUCAAACCAAAUGAAGUUAUAAAGGUCCCGCAUAUCAGCUCACAGAUCUUUUCAAUGGUAUUGGCAUACUUGCGUCAUCACAAGGGUGACACUUUUGACGCUACCAAUGUCACUCUAGAAGAUGCACGCGAUGCAGAAAUGAUCAACAUGAACAAUAACGAUCUAUUGCAAAUGACUAUGGCUGCUGAUAUCCUUGGAACUGAGCAGCUCAUGGCAUUCUUGAACAAACUCAUGGGCAAACGAAUGGAAGGAAAGACUGAAGAUGAAAUCCGUAGUAUGUUUGAUAUCGCUUCCAUCGGCAAAACCGAUGAAGACGCUGGCGCUGAGGGUGUAGAAGGCGGAGAUGAGGACUAUGAAGAAAUGGAUGAUGAUGAAGAGGAAGAGGAGGGUGAUGUAAUGGAUACUGAUGAAAAAGUAGACGAGGUAGCUAAAUAA